AUGGUUUUCAUCCUUUCUUUAGAGGAGGCUUAAAUAUCGAUAAAAAUAGAUAAACCAAGCUAUUUUCCAGGAGAUAUAAUAAAAGGAGUUAUAUAUAUAAAAGUUAAAACAAAAGAUAUAAAUGCUGGUAUAUUGUACCUUAAAGUAAAAAAUAUGUUAUAUUUAUAUUUAGUUUUGUGGCUAAGAAAAAGUAAACUAAUUAGAUUAACAUAAUCAAUUUUUCAGUUUCAAAUAGUUUAUAUAUAAAAAAUAAAAGAAGAUAGCAGAUUUUGGAAAGUAUUGUAGAAUUAAAAAAUAGAAAAAUGCCAAUAAUAGCAUGCAGAAAAUAUUUUGAAAUAGAAGUUCCAGAUCUGACACCUAGUUUUACUAUAAACUAUUAUAAAUUGGUGCAAUGCAGAAUCUUAUAUUUCCUAUCAGUUACUUUAUAAAGUGAAGAUGAGAAAUAUUUAUAUAAACCUCCAAAGUAGCAUAGAGUUGUGAUUCAUCUUCUUUAAAAAGCCUCAUUACAACCUGCUCUAUCGAUGGAACAUAUUGGAGAGUCAAAAAUAGUAAAAAGAUGCUGCUUUCAAAGUGGGGUAACAUCUUAAUUUAAUUAUAGAGUACAAAAGUUAAAAUAUGCUUAAGUAAACCCUCUUAUAUUUUUGGAGAUAAUAUUGAUUUAGUUAUUCAAGUUGACAAUAGUUAAUCAUAUUAUUCAAUAAUAAAAUUCAAAUUCUAAAUAUCUGCCUAAUUACUAAUUUUGUAUAAAUCGUAAAAACGAAAAUUAUCGAAUUAUUUUGAUUUACUUGAUUAAGAAUUAAAUUGUAAAUAUUAUACUACAUAAUAGAAUAAAUUUAAGCAGGAGAGUAAAAGGAGGUAAAAACAACAUUGAGUUUACCAAAUGGAAAACCAACAAAUAUUAUCUCAAUUUUCCCUUAGAGCUCUAUAAAAACCAAAAGAAUUACAUUUUAAUAUAUAAUGACUCUAAGAAUUAUAUUCGGGAAAAGAUUAUUUAUGAGUUAAGAAGAUUUAAUAGUUCCUAUUCCAUUGAUAUUAAUUUAAUAAUAAAAAAGAGAGAAAAAUAAUAUAUUAUAAUCUAUGGAGAAUAUUAGUAUGAUUGGAUCUGUUUUUGAAACAAAUUAAAAAAUGAAUUUAAGUGUGAUAAAAAAGUUUAUUUAUGGAGAUCAUAAUUAUGCAGGAUAUGGUGAAUAAGAUGGUUAUUAAGGAAUUAAGAGAAAAUAUGAUCCUGUGGAGAGUUUAGAUGAAGAUGCUUUAAAGAAUAAGAAAGGAGCAUUAGAAUAAUUGAUGUUUAAAAAAUAAUAUGCAAUAGAGGAUGAUAAUGAUAAUGAAGAUAAGUUAAUUGAAGAAAUUGAUGGAGUGAAUUUAAAUAAUGUUAGUUUAAAUAUUGAACAAUCUGAGAAAUAGUAAUAACCAAAGACUAUUUUUUAAUCAAACAACCAAAAUGAUAUAUAUAUACAAAACUCUAAUAUAGAAGAAGAAGCUAAAUUAGAUAAUGGUAUAUAAAAUUAAUUAUAAACAAUCAAAGAAGAAUAAGAUAGUAAAGGCACCUAAUAUAAUCUUAAUAAUGCCCUCUCUUAAUCUUAUAUUAAAAAAAAUCAUCAAGGAGAAGAUAAUGAUGAAUAAUAAAAUAAACUAACUUAGUAGUAAUCUUAUCCAAUUGAAGGAUUCGGCUCAUUUUAACAAGUAACUAUUUAAAAAGAAGAAUUUAAUGAUUUUAAAAUGAAUCAUGAAAAUAAUAACUAAAUUAAACCAACUAUUAUGAAAUAAAAUGGAUCACUAUCAAAUUCAAUUGAUUAAAAUGAUUAAAAAGAAUAUAAAUAAAUUAAAAUGUUAUUUAAUGAUGCUACAUCAGUUGAUACUUUAGAUGGUAAAACUGGAGAAAGAUUAAGUACUUAAUGUAGAAAAAAUGAAACUCAAUAAAAAUAAUUUUGA